AAUAGAAAUGAUAAGAAUAAACGUGAAGAGAAAAAGACCCAACGAAUUAUUUGAAUCAUGGAUCGAAGAAUGGAAAGAACAGGCGAGAAUUAAAAAGUCAAAUAUGGAAGAACAUUUUUCACGAGCGUUGGUGUCAUUAAGAAAAUAUCCAUUACCUUUGACAUCUGGAGCUCAGUGUAUUUUAUUACAAAAUUUCGGAGCUAAAUUAUGUAAAAUGUUAGACAAAAAAUUAGAACAACAUUUAGGUGAAGACAAAAUCACUGAUAGAGACAAAAUAAAUGAUGUCAAUAUUUUGAGUAAUGAGAAAGAGUCUGGUGAUAAAUAUUCAGUACCGAAGACAAAACCUGCGAGAGCUAAAAAGAAACCUUGUAAACAAUCGAAAUUAAUUGACGAUAAUUGUUUGUCAUCAAUGCCGCCAAGUAUUGCAAUUGAUAACUUUUCUAUGUUACCGCAAACAUUUGACGUUAUUUUGUUAGUUGACAACAAUGAAAAAAGCACAAGUUAUUCGCUGGAUAAAAAUAGCGGCAAGAUACUUUAUGAUGUGAGACAUUUAAAAGUUGGAGACUUUGCUUGGAUAGCUCGAUGCCGGACAACGAAAAAAGAACUAGUUCUUCCUUAUAUCGUCGAGAGAAAACGGAUGGAUGAUUUAGGAGCCAGUAUUAAGGAUAGAAGAUAUCAUGAGCAGAAAUUUCGGUUAAGAAAGUGUGGGGUAGAUAACGUUAUUUAUUUAAUUGAAGGGUUGAGCAAAUCACGCCAGCAAUAUUCGAUGCCAAUUCCUGUACUGCUUCAAGCUGCUGUUAAUUCACUGGUGCAAAGUGGGUUUACUGUUAAAUUUACUAAGAAUCAACACGAUUCCCUACGUUAUUUGACAGCUUUUACUACAGCUCUAACUCAACUUUACAAAGACAAACAUUUAGAGAAAUGUUCUAAAGAAAAUAUUACUCCGUCAUCUCCGUCAGACGAUAAAGUAUUUCUCAUGGAAUUCAAUGAAUUCAAUCAAUCGUCUUCGAAAACAAAAAUUUAUAGUGUAAAAGAAAUGUUUAUACGUCAAUUGCUGCAAUUAAAAGGACUGUCACUAGAGCGUGCACUGGCAAUAGUCAACGUCUACCCAACUCCUUUUCUAUUAAAAGAAGCCUUCAUAGAAGCCGGUGCUGAAGGCGAUAAACUAUUAGCUAAUUUAACAUUUGGUCGAGUGAACCGUAAAUUGGGACCAGUAUUAUCUAAAAUAUUAUAUAAAUUAUAUACUAGCGAUCAACUUGAAUAA